AUCACUAGUGUUGAGAGAAAAACAGUAAUGUAAUAAAUAUGAAAUGAAAUGAAUUUACAUUUAGAAAUAGAAUAGAUUUUGUUGUUUUUAGUCUGGCAGUCUGCCUUUCUUUUCUUUCUAUUUCUUUGAUUCGAGUUCAUUUCUCUGUCGAUGUGCAGUAAGUCUUUUGUUUUUCCCGAACCGCGUAAUUCCUUAGAAUUCAUCUGCUGCGAGAGUGAAGCUGGAAAAAUAGUCACCUGGAAUUCUGCGCCUUUUGAUUGAAUCGUUGUGUACUAUCGGAAGAUGCAUUUCUGUGCAAACCAUCAAUGUUGAAACUGUCUGUUCUGCUUGUUUUAUGAAGAUUUGAAGUAUGUCGUUGAAACCUAAAGAAAUCAAUUUCAACGAAACCUGGAACGACUUACAGAAAACGGUAUACGGCGUUAUCACGUUAUCAAACGUACCAAGACCAGUAUGGAAUGAUCGGUUUCUAGACGUGUACAGAUUAUGCGUUGCGUACCCCGAAUCGUUGGCUGAUAAAUUGUACGUAGAAACGAAAAACUUUCUCGACGACCACGUGAAACAAUUGUUGGAACAGUUGAGCGGUUUGGGUCACGACAAUAUAUUGCACAAUUAUUACGAAGGAUGGAGCCGUUACAGCGAGGGAAUUAUCUAUCUGCAUAAAUUAUAUUUAUAUUUGAACCAGCAACACAUAAAAACUAAUCAGCUUUCCGAGGCUGAAUUAAUUUAUGGAAAUCAUCAAGACAAUGAUAUGGAACAAAUGGAAAUCGGCGAAUUAGGACUAGAAAUAUGGAAAAAAAAUAUGAUCGAACCUCUGCAGGCUAGCCUAGUGUCGGCCGUUUUAGAAUGUAUAAAUCAGGAUAGAAUAGGAAACGGCCAUCUGGUGAAUGCGGAAAUCGUACGCGGCGUGAUCGAAUCUUUUGUCACGGUUAACAAGUUCAAGAAACGGGACAACAUCGAGUUGUAUAAAUCGUUAUUGGAAAAACCAUUAGUAGCGGCCAGCGGCGAAUAUUUCAGAAUUCAAGCGAACAACUGGUUUCAGAAUUACACGAUUACGCAGUAUAUGGAACGUGUUAUUCGAUUGUUUGAGGAAGAAUCUAUUCGUUGUCAACGGUUCCUCCAUAGCAGUUCCCACUCUAUCAUGAAAACGUGCUGCGAGAAAUACAUGGUCGAAGAUUAUUUGUCAGCGUUGUACAGCGAGGCGAAAUCCAUCAUAUCGCAAGAACGACAGCAGGACAUGGCAAAUAUGUAUAUAUUGUUGCGUUCCGUUUCGAAGAACUUGAUUCCUUACAUGGCCGAAUUCAAAGAUCACAUCGUCGACGAAGGUUUACAUAGACUGGACGAAAUCAAAGGCGACAACAUGUGUAUGUCUUUCGUCGAGAUAAUCAUGUCUAUUUACAAAAAGUACAAGCAAAUCAUCGAAAAAAUAUUUCAAUCUGAUAAAAGUUUCACGGGUGCUCUUGAUAAAGCUUGUAUUCAUAUCGUCAACUAUUCGCCAGAGAGUAAGAGUUAUAAAUCGUCCGAACUGUUAGCCAAAUAUUGUGAUCAGCUGUUGAAAAAAUCGUCCAAGGGACUAUCUGAAAUGGAAGUUGAUGAAAAAUUGAGCGACGCCAUUAUAAUAUUUAAAUACCUCGACGACAAAGAUAUGUUUCAGAAGUUUUACUCUAGAAUGCUUGCCAAAAGAUUGAUACACCAGAACAGUCAGUCAAUGGAUGCCGAAGAAAGUAUGAUUGAUAAACUGAAGACUGCUUGCGGCUACGAGUUCACGAACAAGCUGCAUCGAAUGUUUACCGAUAUGAAAAUAUCGGAGGAUUUGAUCGAGAAAUUCAACGCUUCGUAUCUACCUGAAAAUCACAUCACGCUUUCUCUAAAUUUUCACGUGCACGUAUUACAGGCGGGUUCGUGGCCUCUCGGUCAAGCAGCAGUCACCUCGUUCACAAUACCUCAAGAAUUUACACAAUCGAUGCAAGCGUUUGAGAAAUUUUACAAUUGCCAUUAUAACGGAAGGCGUCUUACGUGGAUGUACCACCUUAGUCAAGGGGAGCUUAAACUGUGCUAUCUCAGUAAAGUAUACUUCAUCACCAUGCAAACGUUUCAAAUGGCCAUUUUGCUGUUAUUCGAGAGUUCGACUUCGCUGCAGUGUUCGGAAAUUCAAAGUACUUUGCAGCUUAAUUGGGAACAGUUUUUGAAAAAUUGCGUAACUUUAGUCGAAUGUAAAAUCCUAACUUCAAAUACGAAAGAGUUGAAGCCGGAUACCGUGCUUUCGCUUAAUGAAAAAUAUUCCAACAAAAGAACCAGAUUACGAAUUACCGCCAGCUUACAGAAAGAAACUCCUAUGGAAACUACUCAGACUAUCGCUUCGGUGGAGGAAGAUCGUAAAUUAUUCAUUCAAGCGACCAUCGUGCGCGUCAUGAAAUCUCGAAAACUUCUCAAACAUAACGCCCUAAUUCAAGAGAUUUUAAGUCAAUGCUCUUCGUUCAAUCCUUCGAUCAAUAUGAUUAAAAAAUGCAUAGAAACGCUGAUCGAGAAACAGUACAUGGAACGUGAUCGGAAUUCAAGAGACGAGUACAGUUAUAUCGCCUAGUUCGUUAGCGAUGCGAUGCCACAAAACGAGGGUAAAGUCCAAGUCGUUUUUGAAUUCGCCCUCUUCGCCUUGUAACGCCACCUUCUGAUUUUGGCCCAAAUUGAAGAAAAUUCCUACCAACUGGCGAUGGCGAUGACUGUGCGCGCAUUGAAAUCAAAGCGCACGCGAGUAGAUAUGUAACGGAAGCGCGAUCCGCGUCAUAUUUUUCUUUUCGCAUUGGAAACGAUCCCUUUCGGAGGCAGAUCCUAAUCCCAUGCUGCAGUUUCUCAUGUUUACCCAUCCUUUUGGUUACCUAUACCUACAUCUUUUAUUCGGUUAAAUUCCCCGUAAAUCUAAUCGUACUACGACGACUUCGCCUACAUUGUUGUCGAUUUUUCCCAUUUUUCAGUUCGGACUGCUUCGUUCGUAUUGAAAUUAAGAAAUCCGACAUCUUUUUACACGAAAUCGAUUCGUUAUCGUCUAGCGUUGAUAUUAGGACAUGUAUGUAUAUAUUAAUAAAUUACGUGAAAAUUUC